GUCCUCACCCGCCCCCGGGCUCCGCCGUCCCUCACGCCCCUCCUCGGGUCACCCCACCCCCAGCCAUCUUUCUUCGGGGCGGAAGUAGCCUAACCGGCGCUGGCUCCCCUUAAAGGAGCAGGGACAGCAGGGACGUUGGUGUUAAGCUUGGGGUCAAGAAGCAAAGCGACCUGAGCAGAGCUCACCAUGUCCAAACGACUCCCUGCUCGAAGGCUGGAUGGAUUGGAAUACAACCCCUGGGUGGAGUUUAUCGAUCUGUCCAAAGAGUAUGAAACUGUGAACUUGGGCCAGGGCUUCCCCAACUUCCCACCCCCAGACUUUGCUGUGGAAGCUUUUCAGCAGGCCGUCAGCGGGGACUUCAUGCUCAACCAGUACACCAUGGCCUUUGGUUACCCACCCCUGACAAAGAUCCUGGCAAGUUUCUUUGGGAAGCUGCUGGGACAGGAGUUGGACCCACUUGAGAACGUGCUGGUGACCGUGGGUGCCUACGGGGCCCUGUUCACAGCCUUCCAGGCCCUGGUGGACGAAGGAGACGAGGUCAUCAUCAUCGAACCUUUUUUUGACUGUUAUGAGCCCAUGACAUUGAUGGCUGGGGGUCGCCCUGUGUUUGUGUCCCUGAAGCCGAGCCCCACCCAGGAUGGGGAGCUGGAUUCCAGCAGCAACUGGCGGCUGGACCCCACAGAACUGGCCAGCAAGUUCACGUCCCGGACCAAAGCCCUGGUCCUCAACACACCCAACAACCCCCUGGGAAAGGUGUUCUCCAAGGCAGAGCUGGAGCUGGUGGCCAGGCUGUGCCAGCAGCAUGACGUGCUCUGCAUCGCGGAUGAGGUGUACCAGUGGCUGGUCUAUGACGGGCUCCAGCACAUCAGCAUUGCCAGCCUCCCUGGCAUGUGGGCUCGGACCCUGACCAUCGGCAGUGCUGGGAAAACAUUCAGUGCCACAGGCUGGAAGGUGGGCUGGGUCCUAGGCCCAGAUCAUAUCAUGAGGCACCUGCGGACUGUGCACCAGAACUCCAUCUUCCACUGUCCCACGCAAAGCCAGGUUGCAGUAGCCAAGAGCUUUGAGCGGGAGCAGCUCCAUAUGGGCCAACCCAGCAGCUACUUUGUGCAGUUGCCAAAGGCCAUGCAGCGAAACCGUGACCACAUGACACACAGCCUGCAGUCUGUGGGCCUGAAGCCCGUCUUGUCCCAGGGAAGCUACUUCCUCAUCGCAGACAUCUCAGACUUUAAAAGCAAGAUGCCUGACUUGCCUGGUGCCGCAGAGGAGCCAUAUGACAGACGCUUUGUCAAGUGGAUGAUCAAAAACAAGGGCCUGGUGGCCAUCCCGGUCUCCAUCUUCUACAGCGUGCCACAUCAGAAGGACUUUGACCACUACAUCCGCUUCUGUUUUGUGAAGGAUGAAGCCACACUCCAAGCCAUGGACAAGAAGCUGCAGAAAUGGAAGGCUGAGCUCGGGCCCUGAGGCUGUCCCUCGCCCUGCACCACACUGUCCCAUAGCUCUCUGUCCCUGUUCCAGCUCUCUCCACAUCGUGGAGGAUGGUACUGCUCUAUGAUGCAGAGUGUUCCCAAGGAAGAGCCCCUCCUUGGUCUUGGGGCCUCAGCAGUCCCCUCCCACAGCCUGUGUCCUGGCUCAGAGGCCAGAGAGGCCUGACCUGGGACUCUCCUUCUCCCUCCCUAGUUGGUUUUCAGUCUCUUCUGUUCUCCCCAGACUUGGCUGGGGCUGAACAGGGCAGAGUUUGAGGCCUGGAGUCCCAGCAGGGUCCCCAGCCCUGCACUCACCGUGCCUCAUCUCAGCCUGUUGCCGGGAAGCCAGCUCCAGGCUUGAGUCCUUUUGCCCAUAAUAAAGUUUGAAGUUUGCAAACCUCC